AUGUUGGGGACAGCGAUAUUGAUGGCUUUAGCCGCUUUUGCGGCAGCUGACCAGUCACCCAUUACGCUCUACUACCACGAAAAUAUCGGUAUCCCUGAGGCAGCACGCAUUCGGCGUGCAGAGCAAGCUCAAGACUUCGAUGGCAGCCGCGUAGCCGGGGGCAGGCCUAUUGCGCUUGGUGACCACCCCUAUUUGGCAGGUCUUUUAGUUGCAUUGACAACUGGACAAACGUCUGUAUGCACCGCAUCACUGGUUUCAAACACGCGGCUAGUGACGGCGGCGCACUGCUGGUGGGACGGUCGCAACCAGGGCCGCCAGCUCACCGCCGUGCUUGCCUCUACCAGGCUGUUUAGCGGUGGCACUCGUGUUACCUCUAACAACGUACAGAUGCACCCCAACUUCAACACAAAUAACCUAAACAACGAUAUCGCCGUUGUCGUCAUUCCGCGGGUCUCAUAUAACAACAACAUUCGCGCCAUCAACCUGCCGACUCAAGCGAUGCAAAUACUAAACUUUGCUCACUACUUAGCUCAAGUCAUCGGAUAUGGAGUAACCAAUGAUUCGGAAGACAUCACGACGUCGCAAAUCGCGCGGUGGCUUAACGUGGAGAUCAUACGUAACGAGGCUUGCGCGACCGCGUACGGCUUCAAUGUGAUCGCGUCUACGAUGUGCACGAGCGGGCAGGGCAACGUGGGCCCCUGCGGCGGCGACUCCGGUGGUCCACUCGCCCUCAACUUCAGCGGACAGCGUUACCUUGUUGGCGUAACAUCCUUCUACUCAGCAGGGGGCUGCCGCGUGGGAUUCCCCGCAGGCUACGCGCGAGUCACGUCUUUCACACCUUGGAUCCAGUCUAAACUUUAG